AUGGACUAAAAUCACGACAACGCCACACAAAAAAAAUCUGAUGGAACUUUAAUAGUUAAACAAAAAUAAUAGUUUGAGGCCCUGAUGGCACCUCAWAUUUUAAAUAUUGAACUUUUAAUUGCUUUAAAUAAGGAUUAACUUUAAAAAAAUGAGUAAAAACAGGAAGUGUCCCCUUCUCUGCUUUAGGAUUUUUCUUUUCUAGCAAAAGGGACACACACACGCACACACACUCAGAUGUACUGCAUGUUCCUGGUUUUUGUCAAUCACUGAUUCGUGACGURUAACUGACCUCAGCUUUGAGAAUCCAGUAAACAAACAUGGAUCUAAAUUUACUUCCAUUGACGUUUGAAACCUUUUUUUUUAACGUUGUGUCGUCUGAUUUGUCCUGUUGGAUCCAGAUGUGUUCCGGAUGAGUUGGGGUCACGUUAAUUGUUAAGAUGAGCAACUUCGUUGUUCUCUGGCACACCYUCCUGUCCGUUCAGCUCACAGAGAUGUUCUGCGACCUCUCGUCUCCACUGACAGCUUUGGGCCUCCUGCCUGUUAAAGCGUCCUGACUGAAUUAUGCAACCACAGCUGACUGUUUGCGUGCAGACGACAUCCAGCCUGAGGCUGUUCAUUCUCACACAUUAAACACACAUCAGAUGGGUGAUUUCCAGGACUGGGUGGGGUGGGGGAUUAUAGGACACACGCAGAACACAGCUCAGCAUCUGCAGAGCCCACCAACGCCCCCUUAAUGUGUAAUAAAGUAAAAACUUCUAAAAUGAACAGAGAUUAUAUGGGAUGCAGUGUGUGUGUGUGUGUGUGUGUGUGUGUGUGUGUGUGUGUGUGUGUUCUGCAGGGGGCGUGCUCGUCAGGUGGGUGUGUAUCUUCCACUCAGAGUGUCACAGCAGCAGAGGAAUCAUUCAUCUCUGACGGACCGCAGACACACACCUCUUCACCRGAUCAGAGAUGUUCUGCAGACGGGUUUGGAAGAGGGUCGGGCCGCUGGCAUGGAGGGUCCUCAGUCCCACCUCCAGGACCGUUUCUCCGGUGCGACACAUGGCCUUCGGGAUUCCCGGAGGGUCCACCAACUUGACGUAUUUUGUUUUGUGUGGAGGAGGCCUGACCGCUGCAGUCGUCUACGCCUACAAAUCAGUCAAUGGUGACGCUGAGCGACAAGAAGACAAAUUUUCCAACACGAACUCUGCAGCAAAAGUGGAUGAGGCACCAGCAGCUGAACCUACAGCAGCAGAGGAAGAACCAGCUCCUGGAGCUGAGGUCAUUGUAGGGUCACUUCCUGCAGAACCGGCAGCAGAGACCUCAGCAGAACCAGUGGAGACCUCAGCAGAACCAGUGGAGGAGACCUCAGCAGAACCAAUGGAGACCUCAGCAGAACCAGUGGAGACCUCNGAGACCUCAGCAGAACCAGUGGAGGAGACCUCAGCAGAACCAGUGGAGACCUCAGCAGAACUAGUGGAGGAGACUUCAGCAGAACCAGAGACCUCAGCAGAACCAGUGGAGGAGACCUCUGCAGAACCAGUGGAGGAGACCUCUGCAGGACCAGUGGAGACCUCAGCAGAACCAGUGGAGGAGACCUCAGCAGAACCAGCAGCAGAGAUUUUAGAAGAACCGGCAGCAGAGACCCCAGCAGAACCAGUGGAGACCUCAGCCGAACCAGUGGAGGACUCUGCGUCUGAGKUGGUCAAUACGGAGGCCUCGGCUGAGCCGGCGGUCUCAGAGGAAGAUGCUCCAGAACCGGCUGCAGAGUCCACAGCAGCAGCAGGAAGUCCCGGUACGGCCGCAGUAGAUGAAGUCCCUUCUUCUCCCCCCGCUGAUCCAGAGACUCCCUCUGAAGCCCCCGAGGCUGAGGCCACCCCUGCUGCAGAGGUGGCUGCAUGAAGCUGAGCGGGCUGCAAAAUCUGUUGUUUCCUCAGUAAAAGACUCRUAGUUUCCCUCGCUUUUUAAUUUGUGUUUUAGAUACCAGAUGGUCCAGUUCUUCCUUUCAUUCUCUUCCCCAACAUUCCUGCGCAAAUCAAAUCAUCUGGCAUCAGUUUGGCCAUUUUUUUGUGUGUGUGUGUGUAAAAACAUCUUUAAUAAAAAAAACAUGUUUGAUAUUAAAAAGGUGUAAAAGUUCUGGUGUAGGUAAUUUUAAAAACAUUUUUUAAAAAGAUUUGAAGUGACCUUAAACUGUGACAAUUCCUUUUAUUUAUCCAAAAUCUCUUUUAAAUCAUUGAAGUGGGACCAAAAUUCAGCUGACGUUGUUAUUAUUAUUAUUUUUGCCAAAUUGCAUUGUAUGAGCAAGAAACACAGAAAUAUUCUGAAAUAAUCAAUGUUUCAACUUUUCUUUCUGAAUAAUUUGUUUUUAAUUAAACUCUUCUGUAUUUUUGCUCCUGCUAACCUGCAUCUGUUCAUGUCUGUAAUUCCAGUUUAGUUUUUAUAUUUCUAAUCACUGGAAGCCUUUAUCUGUGUGUUUUAGACACUUCUGCUGCUCUUUUCUCAUUGAUCUUAAAUCAUCAUAAACUCAUCUGAUGGGCUGAAGCAUUAAAGGUUGUUGUUUUAAAGUGGUGAAAGAAAUAAAACCUCUCUGGAAAAUGAA